AUGGCUGAAACGUACGAAGAGUUGCCUAAAUGGAACGGACAAGAUCAAAAACAAUCAAAAAUUAUAAAUUAUAAUCGUCCCGUUAUCAAACCUGGAAUGGUCGUCGGUUUUUGCAACCCGCUAUUGGACAUGACUGUGGUAGGAAACUCAGAGAUCUUAAAAAAGUAUGAUCUUAAAAGCAAUGAUGCUAUAAUAGCCGGAGAAAAACAAGCGGAAAUUUAUAAAGAAUUAGAAAAAGAUCCAAAUAUACAAUAUACUGCUGGAGGUUCUGGUCAAAACUCCUUGAGAGUUGUCCAAUGGAUAUUAGGAGAACCGAACUCGGCUACGUUUUUUGGCGCAGUCGGGAAUGAUCGGUAUAGUGAAAUUUUGAAACGCGAGGCGAACCGUGAUGGACUAGACGUGAAAUACCAAUACCAUUCUGACAAGCCCACAGGAACAUGUGCUGUCAUUAUAACAAACAAUGGAAAAUAUCGAUCGCUGUGUGCCAAUUUAUCAGCAUCUAAAAGUUACACAGAUGACCAUUUGGAACUACCAGAAAACAAAAAAAUAAUUCAAAAUGCAAAGUUUUACUUAGUGACUGGUUUUUUUUUAGUAUCAAAUCUUAGCGCCAGUGAAAAAAUUGCAAGAAUCGCAUACGAAAGGAAUCGCCCAUUAUUAUUCAACAUGAGUGCACCAUAUAUUUACGAAUCAUAUCUUGAUUCAGUUAUGUCCAUUUUUCCAUAUAUAAAUAUUAUAGUUGGAAGUGCCGAAGAAGCUAAAUCAUUUGCCUUAGCAAAUAACUGGGAAACAACAGAUAUAGAGACUAUCGCACUCAAGUUAAGUACAUUUAAUGUUAGAAAUUACGGUCAUCGCUUAGUUAUUUUAACUCAAGCCGAAAAUCCAGUUAUCGUGGCUACGGAUAAUCAUGUUAGAACAUUUGAAGUACCGAAAAUACCUGAGAAAGAUAUUGUGGACACAAACGGAGCAGGCGAUGCAUUCGUUGGUGCAUUUAUAGCUAAAUAUGUUUUGGGUUACCCGUUGAAAAUGUGUAUCCAUAGUGGAAUCGAAGCAGGAUCUUAUAUCAUAAAACAACAUGGAAUGACAAGAGGAGAUGCGUUCAAUGUUUAAAUAGAACUAUGGUACAAUCAGAGUUUGCCGGUCGGACGUUUCGAAGUUAUGGCUUUUGGAAGUUAGCAAUUUUGCGUUUUUUACGUGUGGGCGCAACACUACGUUUAUCAUAUUUUCAUCGAUUUUUUUUAUUAUUUUAUUGAAACUGAUAUGAUGCAGACACAAGAGAUUAACUUUAGCAUUUUUUUUGGUUAU